ACUGGGAGUCGCUGUUGAACUGUAGUGGUGCACCGUCACAGAAGAAGAGUCUCGUGCCAGUAUCCUGUAACGAUGGCGGCCGCCUUGAGAGGGAGCUUAGCAACAUUGGUCAAGGGCCUGAGCGGCCCCCGGUGGCAGCAGCUGGCGUCUCGACAGCUGAGUGUGUCUGCUGCUCUCUGUGGCCCAGAAGCCCCCCCAGCUCGUGCUGAUGCUACCUUUAAGGUCACAAUGGUGCCAGGGGACGGAGUGGGACCUGAACUCAUGACUGCUGUCAAGGAGGUGUUCAAGGCUGGAGAUGUCCCGGUAGAAUUUGAGGAGUUUCACCUGAGCGAGGUGCAGAACAUGGCCAGUGACGAGAAGUUGGAACAAGUCUUAACAUCUAUGAAGAACAACAAAGUGGCAAUGAAAGGAAAGAUUCACACACCAAUGGAAUUCAAAGGGGAGCUGGCUUCCUAUGAAAUGAGGCUGAGGCGUAAACUGGACCUGUUUGCUAAUGUGGUUCAUGUGAACAGCCUGCCGGGCUACAGCACUCGCCACAACAACCUGGACCUGGUCAUCAUCCGCGAGCAGACUGAGGGGGAGUACAGCUCCCUGGAGCAUGAGAGUGUAACGGGUGUGAUCGAGUGUUUGAAGAUCAUCACCAGAGAUAAGUCACGGCGCAUCGCUAAAUUCGCUUUCGAUUACGCCACCAAGAAGGGACGAAGCAAGGUCACAGCUGUUCACAAGGCCAACAUCAUGAAAUUAGCUGAUGGCCUGUUUCUGCAGAGCUGUGCGGAGGUGGCAGAACUGUACCCAAAAAUCAAAUAUGAGAACAUAAUCAUUGAUAACUGUUGCAUGCAGCUGGUCCAGAACCCGUACCAGUUUGAUGUGCUGGUGAUGCCCAACCUGUACGGGAACAUUAUUGAUAACCUGGCAGCAGGGCUGGUUGGAGGAGCAGGAGUCGUUCCUGGGGAGAGCUACAGUGCAGAAUAUGCUGUGUUUGAGACUGGUGCACGCCACCCCUUUGCACAAGCUGUAGGAAGGAACAUCGCCAACCCCACAGCCAUGCUGCUCAGUGCUGCUAACAUGCUCAAGCACCUCAACCUGGAAUAUCACUCCCACAUGGUGUCAGAUGCUGUCAAGAGGGUCAUCAAACAGGGCAAGGUACGGACACGAGACCUUGGCGGUUACUGUACCACCAGCGACUUUGUGGGUGCUGUUGUGGAAAACCUGCGUCACCGACCGGUUUACUAAGAUGUUUCGUCAAACUCCUCACUGACAUUUCCCUUAAAUCUGGACAUUGUUCUUAACAUGACCUGGACGCAUGUUAAGACUCGCCUCCCCUUUCAUUACCAAAUAACAGUUGUGCCACACAGUUUUGACAAACACCAUGUAUAUGGUAUAUUUUGGGUUUGCUGAUAGAUCCAGUGGAAUCAACUGUGCUUUAUGUUGUACUUUACUAAAACAUGUGCAGCUCAUGAGCCUUCCUUUCAUUUAUUUGCACCAUCUAUCCCAAAGUUCAUGUCCAUCAUUUUACUUUUCUUUCAUUCUCUGACAUCUUUUGGUCCCCCUAUUAUUUACUGUCCUUGUGCUUGUUGGCCAUACAGACUACCUCCCUGCUACCACACACUGUUAGAAACUAUCUGUAAAGCAACCACACUGCCUUUAUCAACAGUUUGUCGGCUAAUCUGCUUCAGCCUCACACUUCAUACCAAUAUAGCUGGCUUUUAUCUCAUUUUCUGAUAUCCUCACCACCUUUAACUGAACCAGGCUGACUGCUACUGUAACUGAACAUACAGUAUGAUAACACUGCUACAUCAUGAUCCGUUAAUACCGUAAAUCUCCUGACCUAUAAAUGUGUUAAUGUUUUUAAUAAAACUCUGUUGUGCUAAUGAA